AUAAAAUAGUAAAUCAAUUAUUGAGCAAAUAUCCGAAAAUUGAAAUUAAUAAAAUAGAAGUUGACUUACGAAAUGAGGAUGAUAUUGCAUCUCAAAUUAUAGAAGAUAUAUUUGAUGAAGACUA